AUCCUAUCUAACCUAUACUAUGAAGCAGAAUGAUGACAUCAACAGCAUUCCCGAAGUACGAGCAUAUGGCGACCAAUGUCGCACGCUUCAGCACCAGUGAAAAAUCGUAAUGGAGCGCGUUACGCUAGGCUUCCUCACAUGCAGGGACACAAUGCAGUCAAUGCUCAAACUGUCUUGCUGCAUCUUUGCUAGGGUAAGAGGGGGGUUAUCCGAUCCGGUGAGUCGGACGACCCUUCUCGUACAUGUGGCAGCUAUCCUUGAGGCUGCUGAUGUGGUCAUCUUGCCCGCUGUUUUCUUUGAAGUCAGGCAGAAUAUCGACGGCAUCUCACCAGCGAAGCUUGGAACCUUGACCUUCCUUCGGUGUAUCGUCCAGGCAUUGUUCUCCCCUGUUGCCGCCUAUGUGGCAACAAGACAUAAUAGGAUAAAUGUGAUCAUCGCAGGCAUUGUGAGCUGGAGCCUCGCUACAGUAGGUGUGGGUAUCAGCCAGUCUUUUCUGGAGAUGGCAGUCUUCCGGGGACUGAAUGGCAUUGGGUUGUCACUUGUUGUGCCGUCCAUACAGUCCAUCCUGGCUGAUUCCUACGCAGAGGAGAAGAGAGGAUGGGGAUUCGGUUUGAACGCCACGCUUGCGACCUUGGGCUCCAUAGCUGGAAGCUCCAUAGCUACAUUCACAGCUCAAGAUACCUUCUUGGGCUUGCCUUGCUGGCGUCUGUCAUUCUUUGUGAUGGCCAUCCUCAGCUGCUUUCUGGCACUGUGCAUGGGAGCGUUUGGCCAAGAUCCACGCAGUGUUUUCCACAUGUCAAACGAUUACGAGCUUUUCCAUGCGCCUACUGACAUGGAUAUGGAGACACGCAAUCAGCGUCCUCCACGUGUCAUGAUGUUAGUGGAAAUGCCUUCUUCCCAGGCCACGGAAAGUGGUUUACGGCUGUUGCUCAGUGACGAACAGGACGACCAUGUCCAUUUGCCAGCGAGACCGUCGAGCAUAGCAACAGCAGGAGCAGAGGAUGGAGCAGGGGAGUCAGAGGCAGUAUCGAGAGGAAAUCAAGAAGAGGGGGACAGUAGUAGAAUGUUAUCGACAUCACCGUACACCCCCUCCUCCUCCUUCACAACCAUUACCACAUUGUCCACCUCCACCUCCAUCAACACACCUACUCUUCAGGUCGCCCCCAGUGCACAAGGUGACGGAAACGUGAAUAAAGUCUGGAAGGAGGUGUGGGAGGUCAUUACCGUCCCUACCUUUAUGGUUAUAAUCGCUCAGGGCGUUGUCGGGACAAUCCCAGGGCGGGCUAUGGCUUUGAACACCAUGUAUUUCGAGAUGAUAUUCUCUCAUUCCCAAGUGGCUUGCUUGUCAGCUAUCGCAGGGCUUGGACAUGCCUUGGGCUACUUGUUUGGUGGCUGGGUUUGCGACUGCAUGAAUUGCUGGCUUCCAGACAGUGGAAGGGCGAUGUGUGCCCAGUUCAGUGAUGGCAUCAAGGCGCCGAUCUUUUUUGUGAUUCUCAGGGUGCUGCCACGUAAUGGUGGUGGCUUCUUCUGGUAUGCUAUCCUCCUUUUCCUAGUCGGGGUGUUCGGUUCAUGGUGUGGCCCUGGUGUCAAUGACCCCAUCAUGGCAGAGAUUGUUCCCGAACGGCUGCGGACGACCAUCUACGCAUAUGACCGGGCAUUCGAGGUUGCCAUCGGGUCCGUCGGAGCCCCCCUUGCUGGGCUUCUUGCUGGGGUGUUCGGUUUUGACUCAAGUAAGACGGCCCAAGGAGCGGGGAAGCUAGCUGUUGAUAUCAACGCCAAUGCUCUCUCCAAAGGCCUCACAUUGAGCAUCAUUGUCCCUUCUGUAAUUUGUUGUGCCAUGUACAGCCUGCUGUACCUAACGUACCCAAGCGAUAGGGAUCGCAUCAGAUCCUCAAUGAGGGGGGUUCAGCCAGAGAACCUGUGGCACCAGAGGGAGGAGGAUGGGAUGGUGGCAGCUAAAGAAGAACAUGACGGUAAGAAAGUAGGGGACGGGGGGAGCUCUAUCUUGCAGAGGCAUCACAAGGUGGGGGGUGAAUGUCUCAAAGAAGGUAGGGGCGGAGCAGGGGGUUGCCCUAUUCUGGGGCAGGGGCUGUAUCACAAUGCAAGAAGAGGUGGAUUUCGAUCAGUAGAGUCAAAGAAAGAAGAAGAAGAAGGAGAAGGAGACGGAGAGGAAGAAGAAGGAGGAGGAGAAGAAGAAGAAGAAGAAGAAGAAGAAGACGAAGACGAAGACAAAGACGACGAAGAAGAAGGCGACGACGACGACGACGACGACGACGAAGAAGAAGAAGAAGAAGAAGAAGAAGAAGAAGACGAAGAAGAAGAAGACAUUGAGCUAUUGUCAUUCCUCCUACUCUACGAAUCCCCAACGGAGGCGGCUGUGAGCGGCCGCGCGACUUUGCGGUCGCGUGGCGUUUCCAUUGGCGGGAAAGAAGCGUGCAUGGUGUCUGACUAUCAUCGUCCAUUCAGUCACCCAGUGAACAAGACGCCAAGUGCGAGGAUUGUGCCACGUGUAGACCGCCCAGCCACCAGUUCCUUCUGCUCGGUGAGCGACCACUCGGCUAGCAACCGCUCGGCUAGCGACCGCUCGGCUAGCGACCGCUCGGCUAGCAACCGCUUGGCUAUCGACCUCUCGGGAACGGAAGCCCGGGUGGAAAUGGCGGCGGAUGCAUCGUCAUGGCCAUCCCGAUCCCAAUCGCCAUCGCCAUCCCCAUUGCCAUCGCCAACUUCGUCGGCGUGGUUAAUUGUGAACCAAUUUCAAGAAUUGAGUGGUAUGCUGGAGGAGAGUAACGCGAUAAGAGACAAGUUUCGCGAAAUUGCGAGCGAUAUGGACACCGCCGUCCGGCAAUUUCAGUCAGCCAUUCUUCCGGUUCACUAUCUUCCCGCCAAGGAGGUGCCGGCCGCCAUAGCCAAAACGAAGGAGAAUGUACGUGCUCUGCAGACGAUGAUGGGCAGGCUAGCUGCGACUUUGCACGACUGUAAGGGUCAGUUCUAUAGAUACCAUGAUCAUUGGCGCAAUCAGACACAGACUGUAGUUUUCUUGCUGGCCUUCAUUCAUUGGUUAGAAACUGGCGGGCUUUUGCAACACAAGGACGUGGAGCAGCAAUUAGAGGUGGUCAGGAACGAUUAUUUCUUCGUCGAUCUUGAUGAUUACUUGAUUGGUAUUUGUGGGUUGUCGAAUGAACUGUCUAGAUAUGUCGUAAAUAGAGUGACACUCGGUGAGUAUGAGGUUGCAGAGCGCGUUUCCAAAUUCCUUAACGAGCUGUACACCGCGUUCCGGUUGCUUAACUUGAGGAACGAUGCGCUUCGCAAACGCUUUGAUGCAUUGAAGUACGAUCUUAAGAGAGUAGAGGAGGUUCUUUAUGACGUCAACAUACGGGGAUUGGGAAGCAAGAGCACCACAGGAGGAGGAUCGUGAAAAAAUUGCAGCAAAGAGCGGGGCCAAGUGCGGCAGUGUGUGGCAUGAUGUCAUGACAGGGGGCGGCACGAGCAGCGGCAUGUGCGGCAGUGUGUAGCAUAAUGUCACGGACGGCAAGCGGGACAUGAGCGGCGGCAUGUGCGGCAGUGCGUGGCAUGGUGUCAUGGCACAUGCGGCAUGACCGGCAGCAUGUGCGACAUCAUCAAUCUUUACGAUGACGUCAACAAUUGGAGGUUGGGAAGCAACCCAGGAAGAUCAUCGCCGCAGGAUCUGACAGUGGAUCAGAUGAGGAGCGAUCUUUUUGUUUUUUUCUUUUUUCCCUCUCUUCUCGAGAUGACGAGGAACGAUCAUGACAAGUG